GUCGGUCGUCCGGCGUGUGUCAGCCCGCCCUAUCGGGAGCACCGGCAACUAAGAACGCCGUCGCCGCCUCGAGUGUGUAGUAUCUCGUGGUUUCUCCGGCUUCUGGAAUGCAGUCCCUUUGCUCCGUUGUCGGCGUGCGGCCAUACGUUGCUCAGCCAGUGUGUCGUUGGUCGCGUGUUGUGCUCGAUCGUGUAAUUGUCGUAAAAAAAUUAUCAAUUAAAAAACAUAGUGCGGCGGUCGGGUAUUGUGCGUCGAGUAAUUUUUCACCGGUACGGAUGUCGACCGACCGGAUUAAUUAGAUUAUUAUUUACUUUAGCCGCACGCGUUCUGUAGGUCAUUACAAGUGUUUAUUUUGUUCUCGGAGGGUUGUUGUACACAUAUGGAAUUCAAAGGAUUGCCGUCAACAAACAACGGAUGAUCGAGCGACGAUGAAACGAUUAAAGAUAACAUUAAUAUUAAUAAUAACAAUAACCGCUUUUAUCAGAGGCGUUUCAUCUGACGACCCAUGGCCGGAGCAGUCGUUUGCCACCGAACCGGACGACCGAAGUGUUGCUGUUAACGGAGCCAUCACGCUACCGUGUAGGGUCAACAAUCUCGCUGGACAACUCCAAUGGACCAAGGACGACUUUGCCUUGGGUACCAACCGCAAAUUGUCAUACCACGGUUACCCGAGAUACUCUAUGACGGGUACCGACGAACGAGGUGAAUACAAUUUAGAGAUGAACCCGGUGACGUUGGACGAUGACGGUGUGUACCAGUGUCAGGUCGGCGUAGGCAAACACGAUGAACCUGCCAUCAGGUCCAAGAAAGCCACGAUUACUGUGCUGGUUCCGCCAGAUCGGCCACGAAUCCUUCAGGGCGACUUCCUCAUCCUCACGGAAGGCAAACCGAUAGAUCUGGAAUGCGUGUCCGAUGGUGGCAAACCCCCAGCAGAGAUUACUUGGACCGACGGCACCGGCAUUCCACUCGCCGAAGGCGUCAAGUCUUAUAUCUCGACAAUGGCUGCUGAUAACCGGCGAUUUUCUACGCGGUCAGUUUUGAAAAUGAUACCCAGAAAAGAAUACCACAACACUUCAGUGUGGUGCCAGGCACAGAGCACUGCCAGUGACAAUAAGCUUCGAACGAAAAUUCAUCUACACAUCAAAUACGCUCCCAAGGUGACUAUGACGAUUGGAAGUCCAGGUAAAGACUUAAUCGAAAGUUCUGACGUGCAGUUCCUGUGCAUGGCUAAGGCUAAUCCGCCGGAAAUUACCUACCGAUGGUUCGUUAAUGACCAGGUCGUUUCGGGUGAGACUACGCCAGAAUUGUGGAUGACUAACGUAACCAGAAAAUACCAAAAUUCUAUUGUGAGAUGUGAAGCUCAAAACGUUGUUGGAAAAACGGAAGACUCCAAAGUGUUAGAUAUAUUAUACAAACCGCAAUUCAGAGUCCGCCCCAGAAACGUGCAGGCCGAAGCAGGAAACGCCGUGACUUUGACGUGUGACGUAGACAGCAACCCGGCAGCCGACAUUGUGUGGACCCAUGAAAAAACCAACAAGGUGGUCGGUUCGUCGUCUAAUCUUACCAUACAGGUGACCAGCAUCACUUCAGGACGGUACUAUUGCAGAGCUACGGCUCCAGGGUUCGGCGAGAUAGGCGCAGAGGCAACGGUGUUGGUCAAGGGUUCUCCCGUGAUCGGCACCCGACCCGUGCAGUACGGUGUGUUGGGCGAUACUGUCCGACUGGAGUGUUCCGCUUAUUCAGUGCCGGUGGCCGACAGGAUCGUAUGGACGUUCCAGGGUACUGUGGUCGGCAAGGCCGAUCAGAAAUACUAUACGGUGCUGGAGGACACUUUGGACGACGGCGGAGUGAGGAGCACUCUGGUCAUCAGAGAGUCCAGAAACGAACACUUUGGAACGUACAACUGCACAGCGUCCAACGUGUACGGCUUUGACUCGGUCAACAUCGCAUUGAUGCCAAGAAAAAAUUUUCUAUUGUCCAUUGUCGUGUUCGGCGCCGGUGGUGGACUGCUGGUCGUUUUAGUCAUUACAGCCAUAGCUCUACUGUGGCGCCGGUCCAAGGCAGCAUCCGCCGCUACCGACAAGAAGAUAUCCAUCAAAAAUAAUUUUAACGAGCCCGAUAAACAUUGCAGCAAGGAAUCCGACAUUUCGUCAAACGUAUCUGAUAUUAAAUUGGAAAUGGGCACUGCCGGUUCAUCGUUAAGCAGCACAUAUCAGUACAAGAUUGACUACGGUGACGGUACCACUGGCUCUGAUCGGCCAUCUACACCAAAGAGCGGCAGCGAGACUGGACUAGCACCCCGAGUGGGCGGUGGCAUACCUUUAGCUGGACCUGUACCGGUCGAUCCUCGCUAUUCCGUUGUUGCCAAUGGCCAUUUAUAUUCGUCUGGUGUCGACUACGUAGAUCCAAUAUACCGCACGAUCAACAAACAUUCGGAUCGGCCAGCCAGCAGUAACGGCUAUAUCUCAGCCGACCGUUUAUACGAUCUCAGUCCAGCAUCAGCAACCCCUGCAACUCUUAUUCAAGAUAAUGUCGGUUUGCCCUCAUUGGAUAUGAAUGGUGGACGUCCAAAGAGUGGCGGCGACCCAGCUGCUCUGCUUCAAUACUCAGCCACUUAUGGCAAUCCUCACCUGAAGCCCAAUGGAGCUCAAUGGUUACCUUCUCAACAUCUAUAUGCUAGACUGGAGCCACCUCCUUAUAGUGUCAUGUUGCGCACUGGCGGUCAUCAGCAGAAACAAAGCAAUGUAGGUCGCAGUACUUCAGUUGUUUUAUCUGGUAACAGUUCCAAUUAUCACAUAGGAGUCGCCAAGAGGCAAACUCUUGCCACACACGUUUGAAUCGUCAGAUACGUAUCAAAAAAAAGGCUGAUAUUAUUUAAUAAGAUUAAUUAAUGAUUUUUACCUUAAUUAAUAAGUAACAAUGUUCUUGUUCUACUCGAAAAUUUAACUCCUAUAAAAUUUAUUUUAUAGAAGUAAUUUUUUUUCAAAUAUUCAAAGAGAAUUAUGAUAACAUUAAUUUUUGUAAUUAAAAAACAUAUUCUAAACAUUUGUUUAUUUUUUUUUUGGAAUUAAAUUUUAACAAAUUCACUUAAAUGAAUUAAAAUUAUAUGUUAUUUUAAAUACCAGUAUGGGUUCAUCUUAGCUUUUUCAUAUUUGAUAUUAUAUAAAAACUGUGAUAUGAUACCAUGUUAAUAAUCUACUGUAAAUAAUUUUAUUUUUGUCAUAUCUAAUCAUGAAUGAAACCAAGUUAACUAAAGAUUUAAAUAUUCUUUAUUGUAAUGCAUAACUGUUUUUAUUGUAUUAUAAGCAAUAGGUAUGUUUAAAAUUUAUAAGUUGAAAAAUUAAAUUUUAAAUGAAUUUUCAGAACUUUUGAGAAUUAAUCGAUUAUUCAUACCGGGACUGCGAAAAAGGCAUUUAUCUUGUUAUUGUCCACUUUAUGAAUAUUUAUAUACUUUAAUUAUGUUAUUACAUAGAUCAAAUUUUUAAUUGUAUGUCUUAAAUUACUUUGUUUUGUUUUAAAUUUGUAUAAAAGUACGAUUCUUUUUGUUGUUGUUAUUACUCAUUUGUUAAUAAUGUAUAUUUUGAUAAAAGUAUAUAUUUAUAUAUUACAAAAAAAAAAUAUUUGAACUAUAUUAUGUAAGUAGUGUUAUAAGUACUUCAAAUGUAUAUUUGUUUUAUUUUGAUUAUAUUCUUGUUUAUUUUCAAAAGUCUUUAUGCCUUGU